UGACUGCCCCGCCCACUGGAGGGAUGGAGCGAGAUGGACAGGGAGGGAGACACCGGCUUACGACGUCAAAGGAGUACACACACACACGCGCGCGCACACACACACACACAUACAAAGUGAGAGAGGAGAGCCAAGAGACAAUUCCCUGAACGAAGCCUAAAUACCCGUCUGUCCCCGGUGAGAGAUUUUCUCCAAAAACAUUUGGAACUGAAUGACGGAGCGUGGUGGGGUGCUGUUAAAAUGGUCCAAAUGGAUUUAAAGACGUCAAAUUAACUGCACAGUUGAAGAAGAAGAAGACGGCGAGGCGCCCACUGUUUGAUUCCCUGCCACGACCAGCACCACAGACUCCCAAUGAAGGAGCCUGACGCAAUCAAGCUCUUCAUUGGGCAAAUACCCCGAAACCUGGAGGAAAAGGACCUGAAGCCCAUCUUCGAGCAGUUCGGCAAGAUUUACGAGCUGACGGUGAUCAAGGACAAAUACACGGGCUUGCACAAAGGAUGUGCCUUCCUGACGUACUGCGCGCGUGAGUCCGCUCUCAAAGCCCAGAAUGCACUGCACGAACAGAAGACACUGCCAGGGAUGAACCGCCCCAUCCAGGUGAAGCCAGCAGAUAGCGAGAGCAGAGGGGAAGACAGGAAGCUGUUUGUGGGCAUGCUGGGAAAGCAGCAGACGGACCCCGACGUGAGAAAGAUGUUCGAACCCUUCGGCAGCAUCGAGGAGUGCACUGUGCUCCGCGGGCCGGACGGCACCAGCAAAGGGUGUGCAUUUGUUAAGUUCCAGAGCAACGCUGAGGCCCAGGCUGCUAUCAACGCUCUUCAUGGGAGCCGUACACUACCAGGAGCCUCAUCCAGUCUGGUUGUGAAGUUUGCCGAUUCGGAGAAGGAGCGGGGGCUUCGGCGGAUGCAGCAGGUGGCCUCUCAGCUGGGAGUCAUCAGUCCCAUGACCCUGCACCUCGGGGCCUACAACGCCUACGCGCAAGCUUUGAUGCAGCAGCAGGCGCUGGUGGCCCAGUCAGCCUACCUCUCUCCUGUUGCCACGGUGGCGGCCGUUCAGAUGCAGCAGCUGGCCGCCCUCAACCCCAGCAGCAUCAUUGCCACGCCGAUCGCAUCCAUCACCCCCUCCUCAGGUACAAGCACUCCGCCCUCCAUCGCGGCCACACCGGUUCCUGCUCUGCCUCCACCAAUUGCAUUGAGCAGCUACCCCUCUGUGCCGGCGCCACCCAACACCCAAUCAGCAACUGAGACCCUGUACACCAACGGAGUCCAUGCCUAUCAAGCUCAGAGUCCUGUCCUGGACCCCCUGCAGCAAGCGUACACGGGCAUGCAGCACUACACAGCCACCUAUCCAGCCGCAUACAGCCUGGUGGGGCAGCCGUUCCCUCACCAGCCCACUCUGGUAGCUCAGCCCUCGCAGCAGCCGCAGCAGCUACAGCAGCGUGAAGGUCCCGAAGGCUGCAACAUCUUCAUCUACCACCUGCCUCAGGAGUUCACUGACUCUGAGAUCCUGCAGAUGUUCUUGCCCUUUGGAAACGUCAUCUCCGCCAAGGUCUUUGUCGACCGCGCCACCAACCAAAGCAAAUGCUUCGGUUUUGUGAGCUUCGACAACCCGUCUAGCGCGCAGACUGCCAUCCAGGCCAUGAAUGGCUUCCAGAUCGGCAUGAAGAGACUGAAGGUGCAGCUGAAGAGGCCCAAGGAUGCCAACAGACCUUACUGAAGGAGGGGAAUUUAGGAGUUCAAUCAAGAAAAACCACCUCGGGAUGUCCCAGCCUUGUUUGGUUGUCUGACCAACCACGUUAGCACAGGAGCAGCACCUCACAAGAAGCAGCGUCACGUGCCGUACGCAUACUGGGCGACAGGAAUACAUACGAUGUACAUACUCGAGCGUCAGCAUCACGGUUGUACAUGUUCAAGAAAAAGCAUAUCAGUGGUGAGCUGUAAUACUGAACAGGGUUCUACUGUAUAGUGUGAUUUGUGGCAAAAAUGAACAUUUAUUCUCUAUGACUGCCAUUGGUCUUUUUGUUAUGUAGAGUUAGUUCGAUUGAUAUGUCUGCAACAAAAAAACAAAACAGAAAGAUGAUUGAAUAGAUUUCCUCCUGCUGUACAUACAUUGGUUUGACCAAAAAAAUAAAUAAGAAAAACUUUUCAGGGGAUGGGAUAUUUUCUAUCUUUAUGUUGUAUGUUUAAUUUGUUUAGUAAUCCAUUUAAUGCGGGAGUAUGUGACUUUUUUUUUUAUUUAAGAAGAAAAGAAGAUUCCAGAUUCCUUGGAGACAACGAAUACGCUUAUUAUAGAGUUUUUAAUUACAUAAAUGUAAGGAAGUUAAGAAAACAAAAUCUUUAUUUAUUCUCUACAGUCGCUGUUUUAAAACAAUAAAGUACCGUUUCGGGAAAAAAAAAAAGGACUGUGUGAACACUUUUUGCAUCACCUGAGAAUGUGAGGAUAUUUCUCUAACUUCUAGUCUUUUGGAUGUACAAGUCGUCCCUCGCUCCAUCGCAGGUUUUCAAAAAUUCAUUCAUUAAUAAAAUGAUCCUCGGGGUAUUCAAUCGAUCGCAAGUGGACUGGUCAGGUUGUCUUAGAAGAUGUUUCGCCUCUCAUCCAAGCAGCCUUCACCAGUUCAUGCUCAAAGACUCGGUGGGACACACAAGUCGGACUAGAUAGGACAGCUCUAGUGUAGCUCAUGCUCAAAGACUAAGUGGGACACAGACCAGUCUGACUAGACAGGACAUCUCUAGUCUACCUCAUGCUCAAAGACUAGGUGGGACACACACCAGUUGGACUAGAUAGGACAGUUCUAGUCUAGUUCAUUCUCAAAGACUAAGUGGGACACACACCAGUCGGACUAAAUCGGAAAGCUCUAGUCUACCUCAUGUUCAAAGACUAGGUGGGACACACACCAGUAGGACUAGAUAGGACAGUUUAAGUGUAGCUCAUGCUCAAAGACUAGGUGGGACACACACAAGUCAGACUAGAUAGGAGAGCUCUAGUCUAGCUCAUGCUCAAAGACUAGGUGGGACACACACCUUUGGACUAGAUAGGACAGCUCGAGUGUAGCUCAUGCUCAAAGACUAGGUGGGACACCCACCAGUUGGACUAGAUAGGACAGCUCGAGUGUAGCUCAUGCUCAAAGACUAGGUGGGACACACACAAGUUGGACUAGAUAGGACAGCUCUAGUCUAGCUCAUGCUCAAAGACUAAGUGGGACACGGACCAGUCUGACUAGACAGGACAUCUCUAGUCUACCUCAUGCUCAAAGACUAGGUGGGACACACCGGUCAGACUAGAUAGGACAGCUCGAGUGUAGCUCAUGCUCAAAGACUAGGUGGGACACACACCAGUUGGACUAGAUAGGACAGUCCUAGUCUACCUCAUGUUCAAAGACUAGGUGGGACACACACCAGUAGGACUAGAUAGGACAGUUUGAGUGUAGCUCAUGCUCAAAGACUAGGUGGGACACACACAAGUCAGACUAGAUAGUAGAGCUCUAGUCUAGCUCAUGCUCAAAGACUAGGUGGGACACACACCGUUGGACUAGAUAGGACAGCUCGAGUGUAGCUCAUGCUCAAAGACUAGGUGGGACACCCACCAGUCGGACUAGAUAGGACAGCUCUAGUCUAAGAUCUAAGUCUCAGAUCCAAUCUUAUUUAUCCUCUAAAGGAGGAGGCAGGUCCAGACAGGAAAGGUCUUGGUCAUGGUAGCUCACGCUCAAAGACUAGGUGGGAGACACACCAGUAGGACUGGAUAGGACAGCUCGGGUGUAGCUCAUGCUCAAAGAGUAGGUGGGACACACAAGUUGGACUAAAUAGGACAACUCUAGUCUAGCUCAAACACUAGGUGGGACACACACCAGUCAGACUAGAUAGGACAGCUCUAGUCUAAGAUCUAAGUCUAAGAUCCAAUCUUAUUUAUCCUCUAAAGGAGGAGGCAGGUCCAGACAGGAAAGGUCUUGGUCAUGGUCAUGAACUAGACUAGAGCUGUCCUAUCUAAUCUGACUGGUGUGUGUCCCACCUAGUCUUUGGGCAUGAACAAAUGAAGGCGAAACGUCCUCUAAGGCAGCCUGAACAGUCCAGUUGCGAUCAACUGAAUGCCCUGAGAAUACAAUGAGCUGGAUGACUGAGAACAUUCACAGGCAUAAUAACAUGAUCACUGUUUUGUGAUUGAUUACGACCUAUUAUUAGUAAAAAAAAAAUAAAAAAAAAGCAUAUUUAAGCAAAUGUUACAUUGUUUGGACUUAAUUAAGCAUUUUCAAACAUGACAUUCUAAAUGAACUAAAAUACAAAUACAGUUUAUGGCAAUACAAGACGUUAAUGAACUGUAGUCUACACUGGCCACUAGGUGUCACUAGUAACACGCACCAGACGUGAACGCUAAUAUUAUUGUAUGAUUAUCUCACAACAGUCUUAUUUAUGUCCUAAAUGGCUUAUUUUCUCUGACUGUAUCUACUAUAUUGGGUAAUACGAGUGUAAGGUGACUACAGGGGUGUUAUUUCAUGUCUCGAGGGCUCUAAUAAUGGUUAAAAAAAAAACGUAUUUAGAACGUCAUAAACAGGUUUUCUAUGCUCUAACUACAGUAUUCCAUUUAUUAAUAUUGGAAUUCACUUAUCGUGUCGGGUCUGGAACCAAGUAACGGCGCUAAACGAGGGACUACUGUAAAUUCAAACUGUAUUCUUGAGGAGAGAAUAAAAAUAAAGC